AACCGUCAUUAAAUUAAUUAUUAGAAAAAUAAAAAAAAAGAAAAAAAGGAAAAUGAUAAAUAAAUAUAAACACGAAAGAAAGCUUCCCAAUAAUAAUUUCAAUCUCUCUCUAUAAUCUCUCUCUCUCUUUCUCUCUCAAUAAUUUCAAUCGCAUAAAGUUUUCAUCUUUCUUCUUCAGAAUUCAGAAUUCAGAUCCCUAAUCGCUUUUUGAGCCUCAUCGAUUCCGUAUCUCACGGUUUAUAUUCUGUCUUCAUAGAUUGAUGGGGCAGAGGAAUAUGCUCUGCAUUAAUCAGAUGAUUGAAAUGGAUCAACAAGGGCAAGGCGGCUAUUUCUAUCCUGGUCCCGCCAUCAAUUUAGGGCAUACACCAAACUUUCAACAGCCAAACGUUCACACAAUGGAGACAGCUUCACGGAGUAGCUCAAAUUUCGAUAACCAAUACGCUCCCGAACGAUACGACAAUGGAGUUUUUUAUGGGAUGACACAGUACAAUGGCGUGCAGCAUCACCAUCACCGUAAUCUUGAUCUGAAUGUCGCUGCUCCCGCCAAUGUCUACUACACAUUUAUGCCACCAUCUAGUGGUGGUGGGGUGAUACCGGUUCCUCUAAAUCACAGCACCUCUGAUCAAAUGCAGGCUUCUUCUAGUAAUUAUGGAGUAGGCGGCGGCGGCGGUAAUGGAAUUUCUACAGAUGAGUAUGGAAGAACUAAUCACUUUAUUGAUGGUGCUAGAGGAGGUCCGUGCAAGAGAAAACUUCCUGAAGUUGUCCCUGGAAAUUACCAACAUUUUAAUGCCUCUGCAACCUCGAGUUCUUCAGUUCCUCCUUUGAACGCAAGAUAUCCUGGCGGGGUUGCUGUCUCUGAUCCAUCACCAUUUCCUCCUCCUCAAUACAUGGGAAAUGGGGUUCAGCCAAUAAUGGAAGUAGGACCUCAGAAUGGUUCAAGGAACAGAUUGGUUGCAGCCGGGAUGGAGUGUGCUGUGAUGCAUGAUCAUAACAACCAUAACCAUCUUGCUCAAGGAAACUAUGCUGGUCAGCACUUUCAGCCACCAUCUGGCAUAUGGUUGGAACAACACUUAAGCAACAAUUCCGGUGAUGGAAGCGCUCAAGCUUGGAACCAGGCCCCGAAUUUAUCCUUAAUGCAUGGGAGCAAUCUAGGAUAUCAUGAAGCAGCAGCUAACACUAGAAAUUCCCAGAGUGUAAGACAGCCUCCAUCAGUAAACCAUCACCAUCACACUCACCAUGCAUUACCGCCACCUAUGAUGGGACCGAGAAAUAGUAACUCAACUGCAGCUUCACACAGAUUUUCCGCGAAUUCCUCUCGCAGCAAUACAACUGCUCCACCAACUGGCAUCAGGAUAUACCGACCACAUCGAGGAGUCACUCCUGAUAACAACGCUUUGAGACAGCAACAUCUUCCUCAUUUGAGAUUUCUACAUGCUGAUGAGGUUGCCAUACUCGAGCUUCCAGACUUAUACGAAGUAGGAGAAUUUCCCGAUCACCACAGUGACAUGCGUUUGGAUAUUGAAGACAUGUCCUACGAGGAACUUCUUGCAUUAGGGGAGAGGAUUGGUAAUGUUAAUACAGGGCUAUCAGAGGACGCCAUUACAAGCCAAUUAAAGACAAAGCCAUAUUUAUCAUCUAGAAUGAGAUUGAACUUAGAAGAAGCUGAUUGUCAGUAUAAGGAAGAUGAUUGUUGCAUUAUAUGCCAGGAUGAGUAUAAGAAUCUUGAGAAGAUUGGAAUCCUCAAUUGUGGACAUGAGUACCAUGCAGAGUGUUUGAAGAGAUGGUUACUUAUAAAGAAUGUGUGCCCUGUGUGCAAAUCUGAAGCUUUGAGCACUUGAAGGAGAGUUUGUGAUGAUGAUGAUGAUGAUUAUGAUGAUGAUUAUGUGUAUAGGGGGGUUGACUAAAUGGGGGUGAGCUAAAAAUUGAAAAGACUUGUCCUUUUUUGUGUCCUCUUUCAUAAUUUUAGUUAAUUUGUUAAAUAUAUAACAGUGUUGAUACUUUUGUAAUGCAACACUUUUGCAUAUACAUAUAAUGAGUCUAUUCUAUGACCAACAGGAACAUGUCCAGCUCAUUUAUUUUGUUGGUUGCCAAAAACAUUUGUACUUGUAUCUAUCCAAGUUGUACAGAUUUUUUUUUUCUCA